UCCUCCGGGAGGCGGUGCGUGUCGCUCCCGCGACCGGGGCUGGUGUUGGGCUGGAUGGCGCAGAGCGAUGGUAACGCGUGUCCGGGGGUAUCCCGGGAGCUUCUCUCCGUGGGAGGCGGAGGAGGUAUCGGUGAAACACUUUUGCUCAGUUCAAAACAUGCUAAAAAGAAAGCCACAAGCUUAGAGACAGCCAGGCUGCCCAGGAGCAACCUUUUGGAUAAGGUGCAGAAUUUUCUGCCACAGAUGGCUAGUGCAAAUAAUCAGCUGAAAAGAGAAAUGGACAGCAGGCCUGGCCGAGAGUUUGACAUUGAACAUGUAGAUCCUUCGAUGGAAAACAUAAUUGAAAUGAAUGUGGCCUUAGUGGAACUGAAUGACUCUGAUACAACAGAAUCAGAAGAUGAUUCAGAAUGUGAGGACAGCUCUAUCUGUGAAGAAGUUACAGAAGAAAAUAUUAAGCUUCCUUUACCAAAAAGAGAAGGCCGAAUAGAAAUUUUGGAUAGUAAAAAAUGAGGUGAAUUAGCCUUAUUUUGCUGUCCAUUUCAAUAUCUGACAUGUAAUCCUCAUUUUUUUCAAGGCCUCUCGGAAUGUUGGGCUAUGUAUUAAUAAGCUUAUUUUAUGCACUUCAUAUUUUGAGAGCUGUAGAAAAUCUUUCUGCAGGUGUGGUAUCAAGUCAGAAGAAAUUGAUGAGGAUCCCAUCUGUAAAAUGGAGGGAAAAACAGAAAGAAUAAUUGGAUUAGACAGAAACAGAAGAGCCAAUCUGAAGAUAGCUAUGGACUAUUUAUGUUUUAAUGUUUAAUAACAUUUGAUAAUACCAGUUCUUGGAUUACAUAGAGAUGAGUGAAAAUGCCUCUGGAACAAAAGGUCAUUUACUCUAUAUUGUUCCAGUUCCAGAGUAUGUGGAUUGGUGACCAACUGUUAUAUGUUAUGGCUAGUGGCGUCUUGAAGAACUUGUAAGGUGUUUCAGUUAUAGUUCUAACCUGGAAAUGGGGAGCUAGUUGCCUUCGGUCUACAUUCCUAACUCCCAGGUCUGGUUGGGAUUGAUGCUGAUUUGUUUUUAAAAAUCCAAGACAAAAAACCCUGAGGCACCAUGUUUCAAUUUGCCAAACACCCAUGUGCAUAUUGGGUUCCCUUAACACCUUAGACCUGACACUUUGAGAAAAGUCUGAUCUCUAUGGCUUUUUUGACAUAGAUUACUCACCUUGCAUGAACUGUACUUUAAUAUAAAAGUGAACGAGAAUUGUGUUAGAUUGAGAGAGAUGUUUGUGGGUAAGCAGCAUUCAUAACUGAGUAUGAGCUAUGCUGUUGGGAAUCCAGUGUAUUUUUAAUGUCCAAAACAUGUACAAAUCAGAUUGAGAGUUGUUAAUCCCAGCCAGUAUGGUUGAUGAUGCAGGAUGCCAGGAUAUUAAACAAUAUCUGGAGGAUCAUUGGUUCUCCUUACGUGGUUUAAAUGCUAAGAUUACAAAACAACUGUCUGUCCUAAGACUUCAAAUUCUUAAUCCGAGUUUUCUACAAUGAAAAAGGGUUAAUGGCUAGGAUGUUCAGUAUUUACUUUAUACUGUAAAAGGCAUUAACUUGCAAAAUGAAUGCAAAUUUGAACUGAAAUUAGUUAUAUUUUUAUUUUUAUGGACAAUUUGUUAGGUUUAUGCAUUCUUACCAGAGCAUACAUUCCACUGAAUAAGGAGGUCUGAUUUCUGAAUAAAUAGUAUUUGAGUUGUUAUUGCUUACUUGAAAAUGGAGUUGAAUACAAAUCAGGAAUGUUUGACAUGAAAAGUCAAAUAGGCUGAACAUUCUAGAAGCAGCAACUAUUAAUAGCCCCAUACUGUAUAUGGUAGAUUAUGGUCCAUAACCUUCAAUUAAGAGGACCAUCUUGCAAUGAAUAGAUUUGGGUUGAUAAUAAUAAGUGUAAUAUAUAAAUGUAAAAAAUAAAAUUUAGGUACAUUUGCUCUAAAGUUUUCUAGGUGCUUUGUGAAAAAUUGAUAAAUCGGAAUAAGCAAUGUAAUGUCAUUACAUUUUAUUUCUCAAUGACAGAGGAAGAACUGUUCUAGAUUACACCAUAACCCACUGAGUUCUGCUUUAUGUUUUCCAUAGUAUAUUCCUGGAAAGCCCACAUGCAAGAUACAAAUGGCAAACUAUCUUUCUGCUAAUAUUUCUGUUUUGAGAUAGACGCUAGUCUUAUCUUUCUGUUCACUAUGUUUUAUACUACAAUGGUUGUUUUCAAUAAAUAAAUAAAUAUAGUCGUGUGAAAAGAAAGUA